AUGGACGACCACUUCUACAGCCAUCGGUGGUCUGACCUGGAGCGUGCCCAUAAUGAUCCAAUGGAAGGCCCUUCCAAUCACAGAAAGGCUGAGCCUCAAUCCCGCUGGAGCACGUCGUCAAGUUCGCAAAAUGAAAAGGACCCAGCCAUCAAGCAUAAGGACGAUGACCCUAUGGAGGGCCCAUCGAAUUACAGGGAACUCGAGGACCGCUUCCACAGUGCUGCGGCAAGACCAAAAAGCCAGCAUGACUCCAUAAACCAGCUCCACGUUGACAACAGUACAAUGGCAGCUCUACAAGGUGACAGAGUCUCCUUCCAACCCGGUCUAAACACCAGAACCACAUCCCCAAAGUCUCCUAGCCCAACCCGCGGCCGCCACAAAGCCCGCAAAUCCUUCGCAGCCCGAGCGUCCCAACACAUCUUCCAAAUGCGCCUCAGCAAGCCCUCCACCUGGGUCCCCAAGGGCAACGAACGCACUCCCUCUGAAGAGUACGAACCCGGCACCCUCAUCUCCAACGACCCCAACGACCCCCACAACUGGUCCGAAUUCCAGAAGAAGCUCACAUACCUUACGAUCUGCCUCUUCUGCUUUCUCGCCAACGUUAACGCCAGUGCUUUCACCGUCGCUACCGUUGCCUUGAUUCGAACUUUUCGCAUAUCACCGACGCAAGCGACAGCCCUCACGGCUUUGAACGUCCUGACAUUUGGACUGGGCAAUCUGAUUUGGGUGCCUGUCAUGAGGAUCCUGGGCAAGAAGCCAGUGUACUUGAUGGCGAUUGUGGUGUUGAUUGUGACGAAUGUAUGGAGUUGCGUUGCGGGAUCUUAUGGGAGCUUAUUAGCGGCCAGGAUGUGUUCAGGGUUGGGUGCCGCGGCUGCUGAUGCGACGGUGCCGAGCGUGGUGAACGAUCUUUGGCAUGGGAGGAGGAAAGCAGAGAAGUUAAUGUGGUUCUCGGGAGCUCUGGCAAGCGGGAUCUUUCUGGGUCCAUUGAUUAAUGCGUGGGUUGUUGAAAGGCAUGGAUGGAGAUGGACGCCGGGGUGGUUGGCAGGGGCGUUUGGGGUGAUGUUUGUGCUUGCGUUUCUGUUCAUCCGGGAAACAACGUAUCGAUUGUCGACGGGAAUGUGGAGUGAGGAGGAGAAGCCAAGGAAGAAGGGGUUCGUGGGGUGGAUGAGUCUGACGAUCGGGAGGGAGCGGGAGAAGAAUGCUGGGGAGGUUGUGGUGCAGACUUUGAGGGAUAUCGUGGGCAUGACGGUAUACGUGCAGGUCCUUUGGGCAAGCUGUUUGAUCGGGGUCAUUGUCGGAUGGACCAUCAUAAUCCAGAUCACAGCCGGGCAAGUCUUUACAAGGCCGGCGGCACAGGGCGGUGCGUACCACUGGAGACUUGGGCUAGUCGGCGUCUUUCACAUCGCCGGCUGGCUUGGAGCCAUCACGGCGGGAAGAGUCGGCGGGCGGUUCGCAGAUGCUCUAGCCACCAGAGCGCAGAUGCGGCAGCGCCUACCACAACGGCCUCCACAGUGCCGGAUGCAGACGCUUGCCUUCUGGGCUCCAGUAUGCCCCAUUGGACUCAUCAUCUACGGCGUGUGCGUUGCGAAGACUACGCUCUGGGUCGGUCCGGCUUUUGGAUAUGCGAUUCAUUCUUUCGGCUUCGCUGCGAUUGCGAACAUUGGCAUCACGUAUGUGGUCGAUUGUUUUGGAGAACUGGCGAGCGAAGGGUUGGUCAGCCUGUUCAUCAUCAGGAACAUCAUCGGUGUCGUUUGCAGCUUCUAUUGCAACCCGUGGAUUGCAAGAGACGGCAUGCCAGCGGCGUUUGGCACUAUGGCUGCGUUGGAGUGGAUAUUGCUGGCAUGUGCGGUCCCGAUGUUCUUCUUCCACGACCGCCUGCUUACCUGGACGAAGACAUAUGGACCUGCAGUGCGACUUCCAGCUCCGACACAUCCACACACUGACCAGACCGAAAUGCAGACGAUUCACCCACCAGCGGAGUCAGUAUGA